AAAAUAUUUGCGUAUUUUUUACAGAAACAGUCCAAAGGACACACAGAUACAGACACUGACAUCUCCUUCCAUUAGAGAGAGAGAGAGAGAGAUCGAAGAAAGUUUGAUUUUUGAAUUUGAUUGAGAUUGUCAUAUAUUCAUUGAUAUAUUCUAUUGUCUCUCAGUGUCUUAUUGUGGUAAAAGUCGAAUACUUCAGUGGGGUUUUUCAAACUUGGGGCUUCUUAACUCUAGAGUUUGAAGAUUCUUUCUAUAUUUUUCAGGGGUUUUUGUUUUUUGGUUUUUUUUUUUUAAAUGGUUUCGACCGUUUGAUGUCUGUUUCUUCGUAAGAAACAAAAAUGAGCUCUGGGUAUUUCUGAUUCUGAGAAACUGUCUUCUGGGUCAGUGUCUUUUGAAAGUGAGAGUGAGAAGGAGUUUUUGAAUAUACUUCUUUUGUUUGAUUGCUGUACUUGGAAGCAUUGCUUGGUUUUCAGUUUAUUAGAGAGAGAAGAGAGAGAGAUUUGAAGAUCAAGUUAUAGUCGGUAGCUGAUUCUUAUAUGCAUUUCUAAGUUAUAGCUUUGAGAGAGAGAGAGAGACAGAGAGAGAGAGAGAGAGGUUUGAAGAAGAAGCUAUAGUGGGUUGCUUUCUGGAUAUAAAGGGACAAGGUUCUGAGUUUCUGAGACUUAAAGUAGUGAGGCACUGUUUGUUGGCUGUUAAUGGGCAAAUCCUCUGAAAGUUAAGAGAAGUCAAAUAAAUUCGAGCUCCUGUAUCAAAUUUGGUCUAAACCAAUAUUGAAGUCAUGGUGGAAGAUAGUGGAACUGAGGUUUUGGCUAAUAUCCAGUCAGCUGAAGAGUGGUUAUCCCAUGCCCAAGAGCUGGUUCCAGUGGCACUUAAUAAGGCCAGGGAGGUGAAGGGAUUUCCUGGUAGGUGGAAGAUGAUAAUAUCAAAACUGGAGCAGAUUCCAUCGCGUUUAUCGGACUUGUCAAGCCACCCUUUCUUCUUAAAGAAUGCACUUUGUAAGGAGCAAUUGCAGGCUGUGUCAAAGACAUUGAAGGAAGCUAUUGAAUUGGCUGAAUUAUGCGGUGGGGAGAAGUAUGAAGGGAAGCUUAGGAUGCAGAGUGAUUUGGAUGCUAUGUCAGGGAAAUUGGACUUGAAUUUGAGGGAUUGUGGGCUUUUGAUCAAGACUGGGGUGCUUGGUGAGGCUACUUUGCCUUUGUCUACGGUUGGUUCUUCAGAUGAACUGGAGGCUGCAAAUCAUGGCAAUAUAAGAGAAUUGCUUGCUCGGCUUCAGAUCGGGCACUUGGAAGCUAAGCACAGAGCUUUAGAUAGCCUUGUUGAGUCUAUGAAGGAGGAUGAAAAGAAUGUUUUGGCUGUUUUGGGGCGGAGCAAUAUUGCUGCUCUAGUGCAAUUACUGACAGCAACAUCUCCUCGUAUCAGGGAGAAGACUGUUACUGUAAUUUGCUCGCUUGCAGAAUCAGGGAGUUGCGAGAAUUGGCUUGUUUCAGAAGGUGUUUUGCCACCUCUGAUUAGGCUUGUUGAGUCAGGUAGCGCAGUGGGUAAAGAGAAGGCUACAAUUUCGCUCCAGAGAUUGUCAAUGUCUGCAGAAACUGCUCGUGCUAUUGUUGGGCAUGGUGGGGUUCGUCCGCUGAUCGAGAUCUGUCGGACUGGUGAUUCUGUUUCACAGGCUGCAUCUGCUAGUACUUUGAAGAAUAUAUCCGCUGUGCCAGAGGUGAGACAAACUCUAGCUGAAGAAGGGAUUGUAAGAGUAAUGAUCAAUCUGCUUGAUUGUGGAAUUUUGUUGGGAUCUAAAGAAUAUGCAGCAGAGUGCUUGCAGAAUCUCACUGCUAGCAAUGAAAAUUUAAAAAGGUCUGUUAUUUCAGAGGGUGGAAUUCGGAGCCUGUUGGCUUAUCUUGACGGUCCACUGCCCCAAGAAUCUGCAGUUGGGGCAUUAAGGAAUUUGGUUGGCUCACUUUCUAUGGAGGUUUUGGUUUCGCUUGGUUUACUGCCUCGGAUGGUUCAUGUGCUUAAAUCUGGAUCAUUAGGUGCACAAGCAGCUGCUGCAUCAGCAAUUUGUCGUGUUUGUAGCUCAACAGAGAUGAAGAAAUCGAUUGGUGAAGCUGGGUGCAUUCCUCUACUUGUGAAGAUGCUUGAGGCUAAAUCAAACAGUGUUAGAGAGGUUGCUGCACAAGCAAUUUCAAGCUUGAUGAUCCUUUCCCAGAACUGCAGAGAAGUUAAAAGGGAUGAUCAAAGUGUGCCAAAUCUGGUUCAAUUGCUUGACCCAAGUCCACAAAAUACUGCAAAAAAGUAUGCAGUUUCUUGCCUAGCAUCUCUAUCUUCAAGUAAGAAAUGUAAGAAGCUGAUGAUCUCAUAUGGAGCAAUUGGCUAUCUUAAGAAGCUUACAGAAAUGGACAUCCCAGGUGCCAAAAAGCUACUGGAGCGGUUGGAAAGAGGGAAAAUAAGGAGUUUGUUCAGCAGGAAAUAGAGGAAAAUUGCAAGUGUCUUUUGUAUAAUCAUGUUUUCCCUUUCUUUUUAUAAUUUUUGUAUGAUCGUCGUUUCAUUGUCUAUAUGAAACAAAGUCGUAGUUCAUGCUAUGAACUGGAAUGCGCGCAAGCUUGCUAAUCUAUUAAAUCAAUGUUCUAUUAUUUAUCAAAUAU